AUGUCUACUCUUCUGUCGAAAACGUUCAAUGUCGAGGUCACGGAAGGCAUAGAAUAUGUUCCUCGUGCCGCUCGGCGCGUUAUCUUCAAUUCUGAUUUCCUCAAGGCCGCCAAACUGUGUACCGGGGAUAUAAUUGCCAUAUGCAAAGCAGAUGACCAUGGAUCUCGGAAGAAAUUCGCUUUGGGCGUUGUUUGGCCGUCGCUGGAUUUAUCCCAAGACAGCCUUUUACUUUCGACAUCUUUCCUCCUGACAGCUGGCCUUGUGGUUGGUGAACGUGCUCGAAUAUUCCCCUUAUCAGGACUAGCGGUUACAAAGCUACCGCCUGGUUUACCAUCACUUAAACAUAUCCAAGAAGCUGGAACCAUACGACUCAAGGAACUUCUCACGAAAGACAAUGUGGCAACAAAUGGUGCCUCAUCUUCAAAAGACCAACAAAAUGAAUGGUUGAAUCUGGCCCUACGCGAAAUACUUGUUGAUUUGAAGUAUAUCACCAACGAUCAAAUAAUUGAAUGCAACUACGAAGGUCAACUCCGACGAUUCACCAUCCAUUCUACCGCACCUAAAAGUAACAAGAAGCAAAAUACCAAUGAUAUUGGCGAAAACUUGAGUCAAGAUCUCAAAAAACUCUCUGUGGGUUCUGAGACACAGGUUUGGUCCGUAUCUUGGGACUGCAUCGUAUCGGUGCAAGAAGACGAUCCCUCCGUCCGGGACGAAAUUUCCAAUAAAAGUGAUGUCGAAAUCUUGGAGCACAGAUCACUGAAAGAGGCUUAUUCAUCUGUUGGAGGUCUAAACAAACAAAUUGAAGAAAUUCGAGAUCUGUUGGAAAUUCCAUUGAACCGUCCUGAAUUAUUCAGCUAUUUUGGUCUAAAACCUCCCAGAGGGAUCCUCCUUCAUGGCCCACCAGGAACUGGAAAGACGCAUUUAGCUCGCGCUAUUGCAGCCUCUACCAGCUCUUCCGUUCUCGUGAUCAACGGCCCUGAACUCUCUUCCGCCUAUCAUGGUGAAACUGAGUCAAAAUUACGAGAUGUGUUUAAGCAAGCUCGCGAGAAAAGUCCCUGCAUCGUGGUGUUAGAUGAAGUGGAUGCGCUGGUUCCUAGACGAGAAGAAGGGGCAGGUGGUGAGGUUGAGAAGAGGGUAGUGGCUACGCUGCUGACCAUCCUCGAUGGCAUGGAAGCCGCGCGAUCUGAAGGACAUGACAGAGUAAUUGUUAUUGGCACUACCAAUCGGCCUAAUGCCAUUGACCCAGCUUUGCGUCGGCCAGGAAGGUUUGACAGAGAGAUUGAAAUAGGAAUUCCCGACACGGAAGCUCGCUUUGCCAUUCUCAACGUUGUUCUUUCGAAGACCCCUCACAACAUCCCACAUGAAGCCCUACAUGGACUAGCGGCAAAAAUGCACGGAUACGUUGGUGCAGAUAUCAGCGCUCUUGUCCGCGAAGCAGGGACCAUAGCUAUCAAGAAUUGGCUCGGAACCGCUGACCACGAGACAACGUCCCUUUCUGCCCCUGAUUCUUUGAAAUUGCAGCUGAGCCACCUCGUUGCAGCUAUGCCUUCGAUAAGGCCUUCCGCAAUGCGUUCUCUCUUCGUAGAGAUGCCGCCAGUGCGAUACUCUGAUAUCGGAGGUCAGGCUUCUGUGAUCCAAAAACUCAAGGAAACGAUAGAGUGGCCUUUACUUCACCCGGAGACUUUCCAACGCCUCGGGGUCAAGCCACCCAAGGGGAUUCUACUCUACGGUCCCCCUGGAUGUAGCAAAACAGUUCUUGCUCGUGCAUGCGCCUUCGAAAGUGGCGUUAAUUUUGUGGCAGUGAAGGGGCCUGAGCUGCUGAACAAAUUCGUCGGCGAAUCUGAACGUGCAGUACGAGAGAUCUUCCGAAAGGCCAGAGCCGCUUCUCCUUCAAUCAUCUUCUUCGAUGAGAUUGAUGCUCUAGCCACCUCGAGAACCACCUCUGAUACUGAUCAAGGCUCUUCGCACGAAGGUGUACUGACAAGUUUGUUGAAUGAAAUGGACGGCGUUCAAGAACUAACAGGCGUGACCGUCGUUGCGGCCACAAAUAGACCAGAGUCUAUUGACUCCGCUCUCAUGCGACCUGGUCGCCUUGACAGGAUCCUGUAUGUUGGACCCCCUGAUCAAGCUGGUAGAGAAGACAUCUUGCGUAUAAGAAUGAAGUCGAUGACGGUGGGACCAGACGUUGAUAUUAGAAGCAUCGCGGAGCUCACCGAGGGUUGCUCGGGCGCUGAAAUCACAGCUAUGUGCCAAGAAGCCGCGAUCCUUACCAUGCAGCAAGAUAUGAACGCACCUUAUGCAACGUUUGUGACUGCGGCAAAAUCAACAAAGCGACAGAUCACUCCUGCAGUUUUGAGCAAAUUUGCAAGAUGGCGUGAUGGAAACGCCGCAGGUCUCUUCUAA